CCACAAAAACAGUCACCACCACGUUUUCAAAAUCGUUUUUACAAACAGGACAAGCUUAAGAUCAUCAUGAGUUACAGUUCAGAGGAAAGCAGCAGCAGCCCGGGCACUGGACAACGGAAGUUCAAGGGGGUGCGCCAAAGAAAAUGGGGCAAGUGGGUGUCUGAAAUCCGCGUCCCGGGGACGCAGGACCGGCUCUGGUUAGGAUCUUUCUCGUCCCCGGAGGCGGCCGCGGUGGCUCGGGACGUUGCGUAUUUUUGCCUACGUAGGCCGUCGACCUUGGAAGGGCUUAACUUUCCCUUGGUGUUGCCGUCUUCAGUUCAUGCUGAUAUGUCGCCGAGGUCUAUACAGAAGGCAGCUUCGGAUGCUGGCAUGGCAGUUGAUGCUCAGUUGGUGGCUAACAGUUCACCGCAGGCAGGUGGCAGGCAGAGCAACAAUGGAAGUCAUGGGGUUGAGAGUGAGGUUUGGGAAGACAUGGGAGAGAGUUCUAGGACCAACUGGGGAGGGCAUAUAGGAUUUGGCACUGGGUGUGAGGAUUUGAGCAUCUCCAUUGAAGAUUAUAAUCUCUAAGUUUGGUUUCGGGUUUUGUCAUAUGUUUUAGAAAUUAAUUUAGCAUGAACCUCUUAAGUUUUAGGUUCGAUUUUCUCGUCUCUAAUAUCACUCGUAUAAAAAAGAAAUUAUAUAAUGAAGCUUUACAUCUACACUGUAUAUAUAGUAGAUUUGGUAGAAUAAAUAUAUAGCAGUAUAUCCCGCUCAGUUUGGUCCGCAUAUAUAAAGUCUAUGCUCAGGAAAUGGAGUGAUGAUGAUUUCACGGAAAGCUAGUUUUGAAAUUAACACAAGGCUUUGACCAAAAAAAGAAGUUUUUACCGAUGGCAUGGGCAAAGGCACGUGCCUUUAUUCUGAUUUGGAACAACUUUCAUUCAGCGAGAUAUUUGAUAGAUAUACUUUGUU